ACCAAAUGGACGGAAUUAUAAGUGCUUUUGUACGGAUUCGGCAGAUGGCUCACCCCGUUAUGCAAGGAUUGGCACCAAUUAAGUUUGAAUUUGAAUUCGCCUGGACUAGAACUAGCCUGUCGAUAAUGGAGCUGGUGGAGGUGACCAAGAAGACGCGGGAUGAGUGGCUUGCACAGGCCGUGCACCUAGAGAGAAAGUGAGAGCGACUUCUAUAAACCAUUGGGAACCUUCACUCUGACAGGCAGAGACGUCGGGAACCUCAACUCGUGUCAUUCCUUUGCGGCAAUUCAUCUCAUCCUUACUUGCCUGGCCAUUCCCGUCUGCUUAUUGUUCCUAUUGUCCAGGAGCUUCUCCAAGAGCGACAGCCUCGGUCAGCGUUUGGUGGAGGAGGCCAUGAAGCCGUAGGAAUUUCGCAUUGUAGUGGCCGUCGGAGCUGCUUAAGAAGUAACAGAAAGCUGAUGAUGUUGUUAUUCAUUGCGGUGGACAGGCAUAACACGCUGGUACUGGCCGUUGGCACGCAGGACGCCACCGUUCACGGCUACAUCCUUUUUCGGCGCAAUGGUGCCGAGGGUCACAUUGACCGCAUCGCCGUGGCCCAGCACCAGCGGCGGCAGGGUGUGGGGCGCCUUUUGCUGCAGACCGCCAUCACCGUCCUGCAGAAGAAAAGAGCUAUGAUGCUUCUGCUGGAGGCGGACACAGCAAACUUGGCUGCCCUCUCGCUGUACGACUCACAGGGAUUCAUCCGCACUAUCGUCCGCGUCGAUUACUAUAAACCGGGCCGUCAUGCACAGCUCAUGGAGCUCGAGUUAUAGACACUGCCGCGCUAGUUGAGAGCACUGGCCCGAUCAGUAGUAGGCUAACGGUCCACAAAAUGAAGUGAGCCAUCUGCCGAAUCCGUACAAAAGCACUUAUAAUUCCGUCCAUUUGGUUCCAUUCCGGCUGUCCCCCACGCAAAAAGUCGCAACUAAAAUACUCAAUUAUUAAAACAAUUCCUAGUCCACGGAUAUCUAAUAUCUCGUCUUAUACUACUCA